AUGGACCUGAAGAAGAAAAAGAAAUCUGAAGAAAGGACUGCGACGACGAGCACAGCCGAUUUACCGAGGAAGCAACCAAGACCAAGACCAGCCUACCGUACUCUCAACUCAGCCAUUAAUUUGGAGAGUGAGAAGGAGAACGUGCGCACCAGUAACUACCCACCAACCCUUCCUCAGACAUGGGAUUUUGUUGUCCAAACAGGCCCACGCAGUGCCUUGGCCAACGUCCAUCAUCAACAUCAAUCCAUCUCUCAGGAACAGUCGAACGAGGUAUCAGCGAGUGGUGGAACUGUGACAGCAGAGGGAGUGCAAGAUCACAGCGAAGGAGGAAGAGCUUAA